UUCUCCAAGCAGCUGCAGUUACAAUCGUUUCUGGUGGUGGCUGAUACGGGUGUUCUUGGCGUGGAUUUUGAUCUCUCAAGUUGAUUAGUGGUGCUGGUUUGCUUUGGGAUGUACUUCCAUGGCUGUAACAAUGGGUUCAGUUCGUUAGUCGUGGUUGAUCAGUUGCAUCGAAUGAAAUGGAGUUGCAGGUCGCUGAAUUUGUUUUUGCCAACAACAACAGAUUCAGUUAGAGGCUGUGAUGGGUACUACCCAAUCUUGGCAUGGGUUAAUACUGCUCAAUCAGUUUUGAAACUAUGAAGACAAAACUGAGGCUACUAUAAAGCUUGGUCGUAAAUGGCAGUGAUUAAGAAGAUAGCAGCAAGAGCUGGCGAUGGAUAAUGGUGGUAGAAUCAGUGGAGUAUUGAGUGGAUAUUGGUAAAUGGUGUUGGUGGAGAGAAGUGUUGUUGCUGCUGCUUAACUCAAUGAAUGUGUAUGUGAUUGAAUGCAGAUGAGGAACGAAUCGCAGGGAUAGGUCUUUAUCCAAUUGCCAUGGUCGUGAACGAGAAGCUGUUACACAAGACCGAAGAGCUGCUGGCAGAGAUGGGUUCUUACCCUAUUUUGGUCUCGAUUGAGAAGAUGGCAGCAAAGCGACAUUUGGGGUUAUCUUGGUGACGAGAACAUAUAGAGAGACGAAUUAUUGAACUGAAAUUAUCCCGGAGUAAUGAAUGAAAGGAAUCAGUGGAGUUUAUUGAUAGCUGUUCUUGAGAAUAUCUCGGCUGCAUAUGAACUGAAGUCGUGAAGAACAGUGGUGGCUGGAGAUGGAAUGGAGUUUCGGUUUCGCUCAGUAAUGAUGGGUUUGGCUGGCGGUGGUAUUAUAUGACGUCUCGAUGGCUGCAGUUUGUUGUGGCCUGAAUUUGGCAACGAGCUGAAGUUGAACGGUGAGAAGAUGGAGCUGUGCUUGGUGAUGGUUCGACAACAACUAUUGCAGUCAGUGCCGACAACUCAUGGCUGUCAAUAAUGGAUCGUCGACGGGAAUGAAGUGAUUGUUUGGUUGCGAUGGAAAAUUGGUGUUGGUUGUGAUGGUCGUGUGUACGAGAUGGAGAUGUCGAGGACUGAUUAAAGCUAUCAUGAAUGGGUGAUAUGGCUGGAUUCAGAAAGGAGUGCCGAGAUUGAGAUGGUUGCAUCCGAAGUUAGCUAGACGAAAUGGAGUCUGGGGUCGUACUUGGCUUGCAAUCUGGUUUCAUCAUUUUCCAAUUGUUAAAUUGGUUCCACUAUAAAUGAUGAUGCUCGCUGAGGUAAAAAAAGAGAAACAGAGUCGUAUAGAUGCUCGUUGCAUCAUUUGUGCAAAGUAGUAGCUGACAUAAAGGCGUUGAUACAGAACAAAGAACCGCAUAUGUUAGCUCUUAAAUCAUGUCUAUUCUGGCGUUUCAUUGAGCCAUUCUUUGAUGGUGUAAUGGAAGAAGAAGAGCUCGUCAAAAAGACAAAAGCAGUCAUGAUGGUUUUACAGUCACUUGAAUUCAGAAAAGAUGGUAAGCUACCAUUGUGUUUCAGGUUAGGUAGAUCGAAGAAAAUGACUCUGCGGACAAUUCCAGAACAUUUCUCUAUUAUCUUUAGUCUACAAAUGAUGGAGGGUGUAGAAGUAGAUGAAAAAGUGGGCAUAGGUGAAGAACUGGAGAAGAAGGUUAAAAUCUUCGUCGCUCAGUAUUUUAAAGGAAGUAAGAAGACGUUCAAAGCUGAUAUUCAACGUUGCAUGAUGAAAGUCGCAGCGGAUGAAACCAAAGGAGACGAGUUUGUAAAGUUUUUCGUCAUGUUCCUGUUAGUGUCGGUAUUCGUCCCCAACAAAGGUGGGCGAAGUAUGGCUGCCAAGUACUUGUAUAUGGUAUUUGAUAUGAACAAGUAUUGGGUAGCAGAGAUGACUAUGAUUACAAAAAGGAAGGAUGGGCUCGACAGGUGUCCGAGGUUUGCUAGAUGGAACCUUGGAAAUGUCUGCCAGCAAAUAUUGGAAAACUUCGACGGUUUCUCCGACAAGAAAGAUUUAUACUCUGAGAAGAAUAUGCGUCGCCGCAAGGGGUCAUUCUUGCUUGAAUAUGACGAUCUAGAGAAGCGUUUGGUUGAGCCCAUAGAUGAAGAUGAUAUUGUUGUUGAAGAUUCUGUUGAACCUGAAGAGCCGGUUGAAGACAAUGUUGCAAACCAUAUUGCUGAAAAUGAAGUGCCUGCACAAGUUGAAGACAACUCUUACGAGGCCAAAUACAGGUGGGCAAGAAUGGUGAUUGAAAAGAUUACAACAGUUGCCAACAAUGGACUCUCCGAAGAAGAUAAAGCAAUAUUGGCAAAAUAUGACGCUGAGGUUGGGUUUCAACCAUCAUUGAAGACUUACUCCAGAAGGAAGCGUAAGAGAGUCCAAGUAGACUUGCUCCAGAAAGAAGAUGUUCGUUCGGAACCAAAAAAGGUUUCAGAUGUUGAGGUGGUGAAAGGUGCAGCGGCGGAGGAUGAAAUGAUGUAUAUUGUCGGUAAGCAUUUACUGCAUGAAGGAACAGAACAAGAGCAUUUACUGCAUGAAGGAACAGGACAAGAGGAUGUUGAAGAAAGGGUUCAACCUAGUGAAGCAAUGAUACAAGGUUAUGUAGCUUUUCUGAUGGAACCAUAAAAGGUUUCAGUACCUGGAAAUGUUGUUGAA